AUGUUGUUUUGUUUGCUGUUGUUGAUAUUCGAGACAGUAUCAUGUGUCGAGGAGGAUGACAGGGUUUUUGGAUUACCGAAUGUCACUUUCAAUGCCAAGUUUAAACAGUACUCUGGCUAUUUGAAGGCUUCUCCUGAUGGGGAGGAUUUGUUUUUCUAUUGGUAUGUUACCUUGAUUUGUUGUAGUACUAUACUAAUGUGUUGUAGAUUAUAUACUAAUUGAGAAUAUAAUACAAUCACAAUUUAAAAUCCAAAAAAUAUGUUUUCAGGCUAACAGAAGCGGCAGUAAAUCCAGAUAGUGCUCCUCUAUUGGUUUGGCUGAAUGGUGGGCCUGGUUGUAGUUCUAUAGGUGGACUAUUAGCUGAGUAUGGACCAUUUUAUGUGACAAAAGAUGGUUCAGCGUUGGUCGAGAAUAUAUUUGCAUGGAAUCGAGAGUUUAAUGUUUUGUUUCUGGAAUCUCCGAUUGGCGUCGGUUUCUCAUACAAAACUGGGGAUCCGCUACAGUACAGUACUGGGGAUGACGAAACUGCAGGUAAAGUAAUGGAAGGUCUCGGUAGAAGAAGGGAUUGUUGUAAUAUUGUCACUAGAUAAGGCAUGGGUUUUCGAUUUAUUCAAACAUACUGUAAAUGUACGUACUGUAUUUUCUUUACUAUUAUAAUACUUUAUUUAGAGUUGAAUCUCCAUGCGUUGUCAGACUUUUUCUUACGGGUUCAAACUAGGUAUCGACGCAGAAAGUGGUUCUUGUCAGGAGAAUCGUACGCCGGUAUCUACAUUCCAACACUGACAGAGCUCGUUCUUGAAGCCAUUAGUCGCAAACAGUUUCCAAAUGCCCGAUUUCAGGUAAUUUUUCGUUUUACAUUUAAUUUUUAUUAUACUAAAAGAGACUUUGUCGAAUGUUUGAAACAAUAUAGAACUUGACUUUACUAUUAUUGUUACAGGGAAUUGCAAUUGGAAAUGGAUACUUGAAUUCACAGAAUCUGACCAACUCGUUGAUACAUUGGCAUGUAUACCAUGGUGCUAUUGGUGUAAGGUAAUGUAUUCUAUCAUAAAUUUAACGGGGGCUUUUGAAGGUCCAUACGGCAUAUUAUAGUAGAUAAUACAGUCAUGAAAAGUAAUAUAAUAAAAUUUGAAAAAGAGCUAAAUUUAAUUUUUUUAAAGUAACGGUAUGUUCUGUUAUAGAGAAUGGGCCAAUAUAAAGGAAACUUGCUGCCCAAACAUGCUUCACAUUGAGCAAUGUGAUUUUCAUGCUCAUGUCAAAGAAAACUCGACAGAAGUGUGGGCUUUGGACACUUGUGGCAAACUUGUAGGUUGUACAGUUUUUGGUAUUUUUAAAGUGCAAUAAUGACUUAAAAAAGACAAAAAAUCAGUUUUGACUUCGGGUUAUAAAAUUUUACGAAAGAAAUUUACAUAACCUAUUGUAAUAUUAUCUUACUUUUUCCAGUUCAUUGACGUGCUAAACAUCCCGGAAAAGUAAGUUUAGUAAAUAAUAUAGGAUUGAGAGUUUAGCCAAAACGAGUACAAUUACUACUUGGACUGUUACAAAGCUGGUCAGAUAAGGUCAGGUAGAAGGUCGUUGAAACAUGAUUCUUUGUUGUUUACGGUAUGUUUUGCUUUAAAAAUGUUCUGCUACUUAUACUGUAUCUUAUAUUUAUUUAUAUCAUACAUAUAUAUGUAGUGACUGUUUUUUCACAUAUCUUUUGACAACGUUUGUGAUUUUCAGAAUCUUAUAAAUUAUGACACGACCGACAAUCAGAUGGGCUUUCCUUGUUGGAACGAAGAUGCUAUGAAGGUGUACAUGAACAAAAGGAAAGUGCAGAAGGCUUUGCAUGUUGCGGACGAGUGGAUACGACACCGAGAAACUGAAUGGGAAAUGUGCAAGUAAGGCUUUUACUCUACAUCUUGAUAUGCUGUAACAUUCACGUCUUAGGUUUUGGAUAGAGCUACUUUAUGGUACAUAUUAUGUUUUAAACAACGUAAUGUGACUUUAAAAUAUUUUUCUUACAAGGUUGCAAUUGAAUAUGACUUUAACUAACUGAGUUUAGCGAUGACAUAACUGAUGACUACCGUCCCACCUACAAAGACACCUUCAACUUGUUUGAGGAAAUAAUCAAAAAGCUGGUCAAGUUUAGAAAAAAGGUUUGUCUUUAUAUUUGUUUGGAUAGAUUUGAUUUUUAUUAUGCAUCUUCAACAUAUAUGUAAUGCAAGUAUAAUAAAACAAUAUAUAUUUUAGUUACCCAAGAACUUCCGUAUGUUAAUGUUCAAUGGAGAUGUGUAAGUCAUCACCUUUUUACCUUCGAUGCUAUUAAAUAUUAAAAUACUUCGAUGUUGAGUCUAAGUUAAAUAACAUAUUUUUAUAAAAUAUUUACUCUUUCAGUGACACAGUGUGCAACUUCAUUGGCGUUUCGUGGCACAUGGAUAAUGUAGCUCAUCGUAACCGCUUUGUAGCUCAGAAACGGAUCUCAUGGAGCUUCCGAAAUCAAGUUGCUGGAUACACUCAACGCUACACUAGAAAUCUGACCGAACACAACCAGUUGAGCAUCGACGUGCUGACUGUCAAAGGUGCUGGUCACUUUGUCAGCGAUCGACCAGGCCCAGCUCUUCAGAUGAUAACCAACUUUGUAAAAGGAACUGGCAACUAUUCGAGAGCUGAUUUUGUACAUAAACUCACAAUCGAUCAGACGACAAACAUAGGAACUCACUUCAUCAUCAACCACGUGUUAUGUGCAAUAUUUAUGAUUACGGUGUACUUUUGA